AUGUCUGAUAUCAACACUACACUCAUAAACUCUGUCAGAAAAAUUGAAAUUGAUAUUGCCAAAAUAAAGCAAAUGGUACACAUGCUUCAAGAUCAGUUUAGCAAACAAUUUGCCCCAGCUGUCAGUGCGGAAGACCUUAGUACAGUGCAACAAAGCAUUAUUAAGCAAAGUGGGAAAAACGAAGCCCAGAAAUACAAUUUGUUGUUGCAGUUGCUUCAUGAACAGGACUGGAAAGCAUGCUGCAAAGAAAUUCCGGGAGGACAACCUUUGCCUCAACUAGUACUUCUUUCAGACAAUGAUUUGUCUAUGAAACGAUUGCAGUUCAAGACGUUGAGACGCACAAUCAAGCACAAUCUCAUUGACAAAGACUUUUCUGCUUUAAGUAAAGAAUGGAAAGGUAUCCCAGCAAAGCACCGGGAAUACUACAUGAUGCAAUUAGAGAGAAUAGCAAAGGAUAAUGGCUUUCACUAG